UUCCGUUUCGCAGUUGUAGUCCCUGUCCUAAAGCGAGUAGACUUGUGCCUUUUUUUUAGCAAAUAAAAUAUAGUUUAAAUUUCUUUUUUGUUAAACGUUAUUAGUUGAUAAAAUGAAACGGACUGUGUUCAUAAUCUGGUUACUCGCAUGUGUGUGUACAGUUAGAAUGGAUAAUUUCACUUAUAGUUACAAAGAUGCGAUGCGCUGUAAAGAGCAUAUCUGUAGACACGGUUACAGUUACGAAACUUUCUACCGGGUGGACGCGAACGAAAUGAGGAGCAUCAACGUUGACCCUCAUUCAGUCUUCGAGAUGCACAUCGCGAUCCAAGCCGCCAGCAACGGACACAUAGUGCUCUCUGAAAUCCCUAAUCCUGGCGUCAGUGAUCCAGUUUACGAAAUUGUGGUCGGCGGUGGAGGGAACAAGUUCACCGAACUACGCCGCAACCUGCGACGCAAUGCCAAGAGCUCCGUCACCACACCCCAAAUAUUGUCCCCUAUAGAACUCAGAGGCUUCUACAUCAAAAUAUCUGAAGAUGGCCUGGUAGAAUUCGGUAGAGAAGGACAGGCACUACCUUUGAUAAGCUUCAAUGAUGUCGACCCAUUAUCCGUGAAGUACUUCAGCUUCGCGGCCUGGAACGGCGUUGAAGCCAAAUUCUUGUACGACUGCCCUAUACCCGGAGACACGUCUAUUGAAGACAUCCCUAACUCCCACCCAGAAGAGCCCAAGCUAACUCCUACGGACAAGUUAAAGCGGACUUUGCUAAUGGGUCGGCUUCCCUCUGUCCCGCCCAAUCCCGUCAUGGAAGUAAAACUCGGAUUUAAACUAACCAGCUUUCGGUAUAACACUUUGGACUCCAAAUUGACGACCACAGCGGCUGUUGUCGUGUCAUGGGAAGAUGAUAGCAUGGCGUGGAAUCCGGACAAAUUCAACGGAACCACCAACAUCAAAUUACGACAAGGCCAGAUUUGGAAACCCUCGUUCUACGUUUUAAAUUCGGAUGGAUAUGGCGCGAUGGAUUCAACGAAUCCGGAUACAAUUUCGUUGGCCAGCAGCGGGGAGGCGACAUUGCACUUUCAGACCCAAACGCAGAACUAUUGCUUCGAUACAACAACGACUUACAGCAGAUGGCCGCAUGAUGUAUACCAGUGUCUGAUCGUCAUAGAGCCUUGGGAGGCCCACGAAAACAUAAAAAUUGAAAUACUCGACGAGACUGAUGCGAAGUUCGAAAUGUUUUCAGAUAUUGACACUGUCAUCCAUAACGAAUGGCAAAUCAUGACAGAGCAAGUCACUCUUGAUUCAGCGAUGUGGAACGAGAUCAUCGACCUCAUCAACAGCGAGGAGGUUCUGAACACCCAUUUAAGUGACAAGAUGAUCAUCACUGUGGACUUAGCCAAAAACCCUGACUUGUACAACCUGGUGUUCUACGUGCCUAUGUUGGUCCUAAACACGUUCGUCUUAAUAUCGUUCUGGACGGAGCCACUGACAAUGUCAAGGAUAUGGUUCUACGUAGCCUGUGUGGUGUCUAUCUGUUUUGGACUCUGCUAUAUCGAUUAUUUAAUACCGAUUCAUGCGAUACCUACCAUAAUGGUGCUGUACGUGACGGUCUUGUUUGGACUAAUGACUGCUGUGAUGGCCAACGUGCUCCUAAUAUCGAACUUCGGUGAGGCGUUGGGGAAGUCGUCAGCAAUGAAACAAGUCCUGACCUGCGGCGUUGUACGAGCGGUCUUCUGUUUGCCUUCCAUGAAGAAAGCCGCCAAUGGGGAUUACUCGGUCCAAGAAGAUGAGGACUCUAGUUACAUAGUGGAUUCGCGGGAAGGCGUUGAAGAGAUGGAGAGGAGUGACAAAGAAAUAAAAUACGGUGACAAGGCCGAACUAGCGGUGGUCGUUGAUAAAAUCCUUUUCGUUGUCUACCUUAUUGUUUUUGUCGGAAUGUUGGCAGCGCAUUACUGAACUUUUUUUUUAAUAUCUGUGGUCAGAGAUCAUUCUGUCAUUGUAUAUUGUAUGAAAUUUGCAUUCAAUAAAUCCGUUAAGUUGGUAAUAAAUUUGAUAUAAAUCUU